AACAGCCGCCAUCUUGACGCGGCUCAUAGUCUGGAUUUCGGGGGGAGCAUUAAAUUAAAAAACCGAUCGGAGCCACACGGAGCGGACUCAAACGGCUUUUUUCGUGCAGAAAAUCGAAGCGUGAGCUCUUCCGAUUAGAAAUAAUGCAAAUAUGUGAGGGCUAAGUGGGGUUUUGUCGUCUCGAAAGCCCUCUGUAUAUUUGAUUUCCCUUUUAGAGAGCGCCGCUUCUCGCCGUAUCGCCGUCCCGAGACGCUUUAUUUAUCGGGAGACAGCGACCAGAAAAAUAAUCCGUCUCAUAGAAAAUAUUUUUCGAAUUUUGAUCUUUUUAUUUAAGCCAAAAACGGAAUUUAUGGCUGCUCGUUUCGACUGCGAAAAAAAUGAUUCUGUGCGGACGUGAAAUCGGCGAUCUGCGGAGAAAGGGAUUCGCUUAUGCUUCGUGCCAUAUUUUAUGAUUGAUUUUUAUUUAUUUUUCUCGGACUGAAAUAAUUUUUGGACGAGAUUAUUGAGGAUAAUUAUGUGGGUGUUGGGUGUUGGAUUAUCAUGGGGUGAUCUUAGGUGGCGAAGCGUGGCGCUGUUGCCUAUCUUUUGAAAUCCUUUUUCUCCAGGCGGCGUUUCGCCAGUCUGCCAGUCAAAGAAAAGGAGGAAAAAACUGUUAAAUUGCUCCUUGGCGCCUAACAAUACAAGUGACCAGCGACUGCAAACCGGGGGGCGAAGAUUUGGACUGAUUUCUACUUUUAUUCGUCGGUGUCUUUAAGCGCUUGUAAUAUUUGCCGACGAGGAUGGCUGACAAUCUUAUGGAUGUGGGACCCCCCACUGCAAAGCGACCCAAGAUCAAUUCACCUCCCUCAGGAUCAGAUGGCCCAGAUCUUGUGUCACUGUUUGACCUGGAAAAUGACCUUCCUGAUGAGCUCAUACCCAAUGGAGACUUGGUAAUGGGAAUGUCCUCUAAUGGUGGCCCAGGUGCUGGUCCUGGUCUUAACUCAGUGGUUCCUGAUGCUGCUGCGAAGCACAAGCAGCUGUCUGAGCUCUUGCGACCGGGAAGCUCAAACAAUUUAGGAGGUGGCCUGCCACAAGGAAGCAUGGUGGGAAACCAGCUAGGUGGUGUGCAUGGUAAAAAUACACUAGGGCAGGGAUCCCCCAAUCACCAGUCUCCCCAGGGCCAGAAGGGAGGUCCAGGACAAGGCAAUGGAAGUGCAAGCAUGGGCUUCAGCCAGCCUAUGGGCCAGGUUCAUGGUGGCAUGAGCCAGACAGGACAAGUGAUUAAUGGGGCUAUGGGACCAGCAGGGCGAGGGAGACCUGGUCUUGGCAUGCAGUACCAGGGCCAGCCCAUGCAGGGGACACAAGUGGGUGCUGGAGCUGGAAGCAGUGUGGUGGGAGAUGCACUCACACAAGGAGGGCCACAGAUGGGUGCGCACAACACGAUGAGUGCACAGCAAACAGGAAACAUGAAUAAGAUGCCGAUCCCAGGAGCUCCAUUUAGCCAGCAGUAUGGCCAGCCUGGGGUGCAACAGAUGGGGGCAGCGGGGGUCAACGCCCAACAACUGCAGAACAAGACAGCGAUUUCCAACAACCUUCCUCAGUUCCCUGCUGAUUUGAAGGGAGCUGGGAGUGUGCCAAACAUGAUGCCGCAACAGGUAGCAUCAAUGGUCCCUGCUCCCGGUGGUGUGUCCGCAGGCCCAACGGCCGACCCUGAGAAGCGAAAACUCAUUCAGCAGCAGCUGGUCCUGCUGCUGCAUGCACACAAGUGCCAGCGGCGGGAGCAGGCCAACGGGGAGAUGAGGACCUGCACCCUGCCCCACUGCCGCACCAUGAAGAACGUACUCAACCACAUGACCCACUGCCAGGCUGGCAAAGCCUGCCACGUUGCACACUGUGCAUCAUCCAGACAGAUCAUUUCCCACUGGAAGAACUGUACGCGGCACGACUGUCCGGUGUGCCUGCCUUUGAAAAAUGCAAGUGACAAAAGGAAUCAGCAGCCUACGCUAAGUUCAUCUGGAGCCAGUCUACAAAAUGCCAUGAAUGCAGUUGGACCUGGCCAGCCCAGUGCAACAGCCAUCAGCAGCGCUGCAACACAAAUUGACCCCAGCUCCAUGCAGAGGGCCUAUGAAGCCCUGGGCCUGCCAUAUGGGAACCAGUCUCCUGCUCAGGUGCAGGGCCAGGGUCCAUCUCAGCAAAACCCACAGGGCCCCCAGCACCAGCAGAUGCGAAAUAUGAACCCAUUAGGCUCUAAUCAGAUGAAUCAGAUGGCAGGAAGCAUGGGUACCCCCUCCUCAAACCAGACUGGCAUGCACUCUGAUUCCUCGUUGUCUGCGCUUAGCAAUCAGCUGAUGCCAGAUGGGUCAGUAGUAGGAGGCAUGGGAAACCUCCCCGCUGCCACCCCUCUGUCUGCCACAGGGCUAAGGAAGGCCUGGCAUGAACAUGUUACUCAGGACCUGCGCACCCAUCUGGUGCAUAAACUAGUACAAGCCAUAUUCCCAACCCCAGACCCAGCAGCACUGAAGGACCGACGCAUGGAGAACCUGGUGGCUUAUGCACGCAAGGUUGAGGGUGACAUGUAUGAGUCGGCUAACAGCAGGGAUGAGUACUACCACUUCCUGGCAGAAAAGAUUUACAAGAUACAAAAGGAACUGGAGGAGAAAAGGCGCUCCCGGCUUCAGAAUCAGCCUAGCAUGGGACCAGCUGGGCCACAGCAGCCUCAACCCAACCCCAUGGGCCCAGGACAAGCCAUUCGACCUCCUAAUGGACCUACACAGAUGCCUAACAUGCAAAAUCAGAUGAUGCCCCGCAUACCACAAGGAAUAAAUCAGUUUAACCCAAUGGCAGUGCAGAAUACACAGAUGCCUCAGGCACCCAUGGGAGCAAGGACUCCCUCCCCCAGGAACCAUCCACAGCAGAUGAACAUGAACUCCAUGCCAGCGAUGGGAAUGUCUCCAUCAAGGAUGCCUCAGACUCAAGGAAUUAUGGGUAGUCAUGCUAAUAACAUGGUAUCUCAGCCAGCCAACCAAGGCCAGUUCCUGCAACAGGGCCAGUUUCCUGUAAGUGCGGGUGGAGCGAUGAAUGUGAAUAUAGGUUUGGGACCUGCCAUGUCACAGGCUAGUGUCACACAGCCACAAAACUCUAACCUCCCUCUGAAUGCACCGAGCUCCAUUGGCUCUCAGCUGCCCUGCGGCCCUACAGCUCAGCCUGCCCUGGGUACCACCCCUCCACCCAGUGCCUCUGCCACCCAGCAGCAGCCGCCGCCGCCACCACCACCGCAGCCACAGCCACACCAUACUCCCACCCACUCCCAGAUGCUUCCACAGCCCUCCACUCCCGUGUCCACGGGUGGGCCCUCCUCCACCCCAACCCACAUACCUAGUGGCCUCCCUCGUCCCCCCUCAGCCUUGGGGACACCACCUGACCCUUCUCACCCUCUCACACCCCUGCAGCCCCAACCUGAGCCCUCCAGCCAGAUGCAGCAGCCCUCCUCUGUGCAGGCACAGCACCCCAGCACGCCGUUGUCCCAUCAAACAGCACCGAGCAUAGAUAACAGAGUGCCUACCCCAGGCUCUGUGGCUGAACUGAGUUCCCAGCAGGCCCUGCCUGACAUGAGCAGCACUGAAGCCAAAAGUGAAGUAAAAGAUGAAGAAGACGACAGCAGCUCUCUGAAGACGCAGAAUGAUGUAAAAAUGGAGGAGGAAGAAACCAAACCCCCAGUGGUGAAGAAAGAGGAGCCAGAUGCAGCAGAACCAAAGCAGGAACCAAUGGAAACUGAGGAAAAGAAGCCAGAAGUGAAGACAGAACCCAAAGAAGAGGAGGAAAGUGGGGCCAACAGCACGUCAACUACCACCGCUCAGAGCCGCAAAAAAAUUUUCAAGCCAGAGGAACUGAGGCAAGCCCUAAUGCCAACACUUGAAGCCCUCUACAAGCAAGACCCAGAGUCCCUGCCUUUUAGACAACCUGUAGAUCCAAUGCUGUUGGGUAUCCCUGACUACUUUGACAUAGUAAAGAAUCCCAUUGACUUAUCCACCAUCAAGCGCAAGCUGGACACGGGUCAGUACCAGGAACCGUGGCAGUACGUGGAAGAUGUGUGGCUCAUGUUCAACAACGCGUGGCUGUACAAUCGUAAAACAUCCCGAGUCUACAAGUACUGCACCAAACUGGCAGAAGUGUUUGAAGCAGAAAUCGAUCCUGUCAUGCAGGGUCUGGGCUACUGCUGUGGCAGGAAGUUUGAGUUCUCACCACAGACACUGUGUUGCUAUGGCAAACAAUUGUGCACCAUCUCGAGGGAUAGCACCUACUACAGCUACCAGAACAGUUCACCCAAAUAUGGCCUUAUUGCCGACAGGUAUCACUACUGUGAGAAGUGCUUCAAUGAGAUCCAGGGCAACAGUGUGACCCUGGGAGACGACCCGUCACAGCCACAGACGAUGAUAUCUAAAGAUCAGUUUGAAAAGAAGAAAAAUGACACGUUGGACCCUGAGCCGUAUAUUGAAUGUAAAGACUGUGGACGAAAGAUGCAUCAGAUCUGUGUGCUGCACUACGACGUCAUUUGGCCGUCAGGUUUUAUCUGUGACAACUGUCUGAAGAAGUCUGGUAAAGCAAGAAAGGAAAACAAGUUUUCAGCCAAGAGGUUGCAAUCCACAAGGUUGGGUUCAUACAUUGAAGACAGAGUUAAUAAGUACUUGAAAAGGCAGAACCACCCUGAAGCUGGUGAGGUGUUUGUGCGAGUAGUCGCCAGCUCUGACAAAACUGUGGAGGUUAAGCCUGGCAUGAAGUCUAGGUUUGUAGACUCAGGUGAGAUGGUGGAAAGCUUCCCCUACAGAACCAAAGCACUUUUUGCAUUUGAGGAAAUAGACGGGGUGGACGUUUGUUUCUUCGGAAUGCACGUCCAGGAGUACGGCUCAGAGUGCCCCUUUCCAAAUACCAGACGGGUUUACAUAUCAUACCUCGACAGUAUUCACUUCUUCAGACCGCGUUUGCUAAGGACUGCAGUAUACCAUGAGAUCUUAAUAGGAUACCUGGAGUAUGUGAAAAAACUUGGGUAUGUGACGGGUCACAUUUGGGCCUGCCCACCCAGUGAAGGAGAUGACUAUAUUUUCCACUGCCACCCUCCGGACCAGAAGAUUCCCAAGCCCAAAAGGCUUCAAGAGUGGUACAGAAAAAUGCUGGACAAGGCUUUUGCUGAAAGAAUCAUACAUGAUUACAAGGACAUUUUCAAGCAGGCAACAGAAGACAGGCUGACCAGUGCCUACGAGCUGCCGUACUUUGAGGGUGACUUUUGGCCUAAUGUACUGGAGGAGAGCAUCAAGGAGCUGGAGCAGGAAGAGGAAGAAAGGAAAAAGGAGGAGAACACAGCCUCCUCUGAGACAACAGAGGGAGCCCAAGCUGACAGCAAGAAUGCCAAAAAGAAGAAUAACAAGAAAACCAACAAAAACAAGAGCAGCGUCAGUCGAGCCAAUAAGAAAAAGCCUGGAAUGCCAAAUGUAGCCAAUGAUCUGUCCCAGAAGCUCUAUGCCACAAUGGAGAAACAUAAGGAGGUAUUUUUUGUUAUCCACCUCCAUGCUGGGCCAGUCAUUAACACCUUGCCACCCAUCAUGGACCCUGACCCUCUGCUGACUUGUGACCUGAUGGAUGGACGUGAUGCGUUUCUGACCUUGGCCAGGGACAAGCACUGGGAGUUCAGCUCACUGAGAAGGUGUAAAUGGAGCACAAUGUGCAUGCUGGUGGAGCUGCACAACCAAGGCCAGGACCGCUUUGUGUACACUUGCAAUGAGUGCAAGCACCAUGUCGAGACUCGCUGGCACUGCACAGUUUGUGAGGACUAUGACCUAUGCAUUAACUGCUACCACACUAAAGGCCAUGAUCACCAAAUGGUGAAGUGGGGUCUGGGCUUGGAUGAUGACAGCAAUGGUCAAGGUGGAGAGGCCUCCAAGAGCCCUCAGGAGAGUCGACGCCUUAGUAUCCAGCGCUGUAUCCAGUCCCUGGUGCACGCCUGCCAGUGCCGCAAUGCCAACUGCUCUUUGCCGUCCUGCCAGAAGAUGAAGAGGGUGGUUCAGCACACCAAAGGUUGCAAGCGCAAGACCAAUGGUGGCUGUCCUGUGUGCAAGCAGCUCAUCGCUUUAUGUUGCUAUCAUGCCAAGCACUGUCAGGAGAACAAGUGUCCCGUGCCCUUCUGUCUCAACAUCAAACACAAGCUUCGACAACAGCAGCUGCAGCACAGGCUUCAGCAGGCUCAAAUGAUGCGUCGCAGAAUGGCCACCAUGGCUGGAAGGGGUAUGCCUAUGCCAUCUCCACCUACCUUAAAUGCCCCAGACACUCCAAAUUCUGUGCAGCAGCCUAAUACACCCCAGACUCCCCAGCCCAUGUCCAACCAGCCCCAACAACAGCAACCAUCAAACCCCACCAAUAUGUCCCAAGGCUUUCCCAGCAACGGCCGCAGCAGUCAGCCUCCAACACCAGUGCCGCAAGGUAAACCGGGGCCUCAGUCAUCCCCUCUCCAUCAGCAGCAGUCACCCAUGCCCAACAUGCCGCACCAACAGCAGCCUCCACAGCCUCGCCAGCAGCAGCAACCGCAGGAGUCAUUGAUGGAAGCCCUGAAGGUGGCCAGACAGAUCGAGAUGUUAGCUAAGUCAAAGCAGCCGCAGCAGCAACAGCAGCAGCAGCAGAAGCAGCAGAAUUAUGCAAUGAAUGGGAUGCCAAUGAACCACCCACGCAUGAUGGGGCCCAUGCCAAGCCAAAUGCAGAUGAUGCAGGGGCCACGUGGGCCCCAGGUGAUGCAGCAGGGCCAGUGGGGUCCGGGGAUGCAGAAUCCCCAGGGUCAUCAGCCACAGGUUCCUCCUCAACAAGGCCCCAUGCCCCCUCAGCAGCCUCAGGGAAACCCAAUGCCCCAGCAAGGUCAGCCCAUGCAGAGGCCCAUGAUGCCCCAGCAAGGUCACCAGAUGUCUGGGGUCAUGCCUACACAGGGAUCCUCACAGCAGGGCAUGACACCACAGCGACAAAACAUGCCCCGAGGUAUGCCGGGUAACAUUGCUCCAAGUGCCCUGCGGGAGCUAUUGGACACCCUGAAAUCACCCAGCUCCCCACAGCAGCAACAGCAGGUCCUGAGCAUCCUCAAGUCUAACCCCCACCUCAUGGCUGCCUUCAUUAAACAGAGGACGGCAAAAUACCAAGCCAACCAACCACAGCAACAGCAGCAGGCCCAACAGCAGAACCCUCAGGCCAUGCUAGGAUCCCAGCCAGGAAUGCACACAAUGGUGGGCAUGGCAAACCAGGUGCAAAGGCCAGGAAUGGCACCUCAACAGCAGCCUCCUCAGCAGGUGGGACCCCAGGGAAUGCCAUCCAUGGGCACCCAAGGUCAGAUGGUACCAAACGGAAAUCAAAUGUUCCGCAGACAGCAAAUUCUUAGGCAGCAGCAGUUGCAACAGCAGCACUAUAUCCGUAUGCAGCAGCAGCAGCAGCACAUGGCUAUGCAAGGAGGUGGGGGGCCUAUGGGACCGCUCCCUCCCACAUCUCAAAUGGGCCAACCUGGGAUGGGAAUGGAUGGACAGCAGAACUUCCAGCAACGCAUGCUUCAGCAGCAACAGCAUCAGAUGAUGAAGCAGCAGAUGGGCUCUUCGGCACAGGCCAACUCGAUGAGUCCACAGCCUCACAUGCUCCAAGGCCAAGCCCAGGCAGGAGCUCACCUACCUGGCCAGACAAUGGCAAAUACCCUGGGAAGCCAGGUACGCUCUCCAGCCCCAGUGCAAUCGCCCCGCCCACCUUCGCAGCAGGCACCUCAUUCCAGUCCCUCCCCUCGGAUACAACCCCAGCCGUCACCUCAGCAUGGCGCACUUCACUCCAACUCUCCCCAUCCCAGCUUAGGAGGUCCCAUGUCAGGGUCCAUGGAGCAGGGUCACAUGGGAACACCAGAGCAGAGCGCCAUGCUCCCGCAGCUUAACACACCAAACCGAGGGGGGUUGAGUAGUGACAUGGGUAUGGUGGGUGACACGACGGGAGACACACUAGAGAAAUUUGUUGAAGGAUUGUAG